CUCGAAGUUUCUUCAUCUUCUCUUCAAUUUUUAAAACUUAAGCUUUUGAUUUCUCGAUUCAUCUUCUUCUCAGCUUUAGGGUUUCGAUUGUUCCGAUCACUAUGUCUGGGACUUCCAAUUGCACCGUAUACAUAGGGAACGUUGACGAAAGAGUAAGCGAUAGGGUUUUGUAUGAUAUCAUGAUUCAAGCUGGUAGAGUAAUCGAUCUACACAUUCCUCGUGAUAAAGAAACUGAUAAACCUAAAGGCUUUGCUUUCGCUGAGUAUGAGACUGAAGAAAUCGCCGAUUACGCCGUUAAGCUUUUCUCUGGACUUGUUUCUCUCUACAAUCGAACUUUGAAAUUCGCUAUAUCUGGACAGGAUAAGUUACAAUCAAAUUCUGCAAAUUCCGGUCAUCGAGCGAGACCUCAGUCUUUGGCUUUCGAGCAUUCGGAUAGAGCUGCGUAUCAUCACUUGGAGAGAUUUUCGUCGCAAUUGAUUUCUCCACCUUCACCACUGCCUCUGGAUUACACACAAGAACCACCUCCACCAGGAGUAUCGAAUGGAGCAAGUUUGGAGUAUAGUAGAAGAGUUCUUGGUUCGGCACUAGAUAGUAUCAACCAUUCAAGACCACGUCGCUACUGAACCAGUGACAACACUUGCUCUUCUGUUUGUUACAAUGGUUAUCAAUAUCAAGAUCAUGGAAAGAGAACCACAGCAAAAACUAGAAGUUUAGUAGAACUGAUGUAACAUUUUCUUUCCAUUAUAAAAGACAGAUAUUUCUGUGUUAUUAUGACAAAAGUUACAUUUUGGAUCAUCGCCAAUGAGAUACAAUCCCGAGUUAAAGGGAUUUAAGAA